GCGUCUCGGCCGCCCCCCCCCGGCAGCCCUCCCUCCCAGCGCCAUCCACGCGCGGCGUGCGCCGCGGAUGCCCUCGCGGCCGCGGCCAUGGGCGGCGCGCAGGGCGCGCGGAGGGGGGGCGACUGCCCGGACGAGGAGCUCGGGCUGCAGGACGACGUGUUCCCGUGGUUCCACCUGGUGCAGUGGUCGGCCGAGGACGCCAAGGCGAACUGCGUCUUCAGCUGGGACCUCGCCCGCAUCCAGGAGAGCGUGGCCGCGCUCACGCAGGACGGGGUUGCCUGGUCGGGUCGGCCGGUGGGCGGGGAGCUGCAGAGGGUUAACCUCGACGGGUCCUGGAGGCAGAGGGUGGGCACGGCCAGCUGA